GCGCGCGCGCGCGCGGUAAAAGUCGGGAAGCGAGUCGUGCGCGCGACGAACUGGCUUUUUCGAGUUCGUUAUUGAGCUACAGCUACUGGGCUACCUGUGACCUAUGCAGCGAGGGAUGACGUAUAUAGGGAGUGGCGGCCUUUUCCUUGGGCGGGAGGCAGUAAAAAGAACAGCAACGGUUUAGCGACACUUUAUGCAAAGAUUUAUCAGCCGCACUUUCCACACAUUGUCUACUGUCAGAGCACACAGUGAUAAAAAAUAAAGCAACUCAUACACAUAUUUCAUAUGUAACGAAAGUUAGGUCGCUUUUCGCGCGCAAACUAAAGUCAGCUGCCAACUUUUGAUUGGUCUCCAAAUGUUCAUUUUUCGCGAUCGGUCUGCUAAAUCGAGUUUUCGCGGAGCACGUGUUCAACAUCUGCAUUCAGAUUUCAGCAUAGGUACUUCGCUGUAUCGUUGAUGCAUCACGCAGAGGUAUCAGUAGAUUUUUUUCUAGGUUUUAUUGUAUUUGACACAAAAUUUAUUGCUGAUAAAAUCUGUACGAUGGAGAAUUAUAAAGUUGCAGAGUCAUGAUAUCCCAAAAAGCGCCGUACACGUAACGCGUUCAGGCUCAUUUUUGCGUCAUCCCGUCACACUUAUAGAUAUACUCAGUCGUCUGCUUGCUAUUUGUUGAACAUUGACCUUCAAAUAAAAUAAAGAUAUUGAAGAUGUUUGCAAAACAAGUUGGACGUCUGGGCAGCCAGACAUUAGGAUAUCUGGUUGUAACGAGAGGAAUUCAACAGAAUGCUAAAUUGGCCACCUGUGCUGAAUUCACACCAGUGCAAAUCGACGUGCCAUGGGGUAAAAUAGAAGCCAAACUAUGGGGCUCCAAGGAUAAGCAGCCACUCCUGACGAUUCACGGAUGGAUGGAUAAUGCAGGAAGCUUCGAUAAUAUUGCUCCACUUUUGAAGCAUUCUUCGAUACUUGCAAUAGAUUUACCUGGACAUGGUUUGUCUAGCUGGAUACCAAGAGGCAUCCCGUAUAGUGAAGAUAUCUGUGCAGAAGCUAUAAGAUUAGUAGUUAAAAAGUUUGGCUGGAAGAAAGUAAAGUUACUAGGACACUCCAUGGGUGGAAUACUCUGUCACAAUUACGCAAGACUGUAUCCAGAUGAGACUGAGUUUGUUGUAAGUAUAGACUCUCUGGCAUUUGUGCCCACCACGAUCACAAAGCACUCAAAAUAUCGAGCAAAAGCUUUAGACAAGCUCAUAAGCUUUGAGGAAAAAGUCACAGACAACCCACCGAGUUACCCAGAGGAGGUAGCCAUCGACAAAUGGAUCAAGGCUGUUAAAUUCAGCAACUUGGAUGUCCCUACGACCAAGACCCUCAUGAUCCGGGGAGCCAAUCGAAAAGACGACGGUACAUACUACUUUACCCGCGAUUACCGCCUCAGCAUUCAAGGAUUCAACGCCUGCUACACUACCGAGGUCAUCAGGGAGAUGACGCAGCUCAUCACUUGCCCCUACAUGGUAAUAAAGUUUUCCCAAACUCCGUUUAUCAACGUUGACAAGUACUGGACGAAUGUCACCGAGAUCUUGAAGGAGAAGAGCUCCGAUUUUCACUUCGUAGAAAUGGAUGGCUGGCAUCACAUGCACAUGAUCGAGCCCGAGAAGAUCGCGAACGUGAUCAAUCCGUUCCUCGAGAAGCACGAUGUUUAAUAAAAACGUGCGAUUAAUUAACAUUAUUAGAUAGAUCAAUUCGUCGCUCCCUACGAAGAGUAGCACUGUUCAAAUUUACCGUCAUAACUCAAAAUUUCCAGCCAAGACUAGCACAACUCAAACUUUCUCACAACUUUAACGACGAAUUUCUAUAAAAAUUUUCCGAUUUUUGCGAAACUGUCCCUAAUGAACAUUUUUAAAUAUUCACAACUUACAACUUUUUACCGAAUUUAAAAACCUUUUAUACUUUGAGUUUUGUCUGUCUUUGCCCAAGGUUUUCAUGAACUUAACCAACAAAAUAACCCAAUAAAAACGUAAAAUACUCAGAUUUUAAGUAAUAUAAAGUCGCGAGUUGUGCUACUCUUGACCGCAUUUCUGAACUGUGCUACUCUUCGCGGCAAAUCGUGAGUUGGGCUAGUUUUCGUUUGAAAAUUUGAACUGUAGUCUUCGUAAAAAGCGACGAAUUUUUGUAUUAGCGCAAUUUUGUAAUAAUAAGAAUAGGCGCUCAUUACAUAGCGAAGAGCGCAAACUAGAGACAAAUUGCCAGUUCGUUCUUGCACUUCGUCGUAUAUAUAAUAGCGUACAGAUGAGCGAACAUAAAUUAACAGCGCGAGCAUUCAAAGAUUAGAGGGCGCCAGAGACCUCUCGCGCGCGAAAUCGUUUGACGUAGAUAGAUGCACAAUGUCCUUCUACGUAUAUGUUACUGCUGCUGCAGCUGCAUCGUGUGACGCAAGGCUCGCGUGAUCUGCGCGCUAAGCCUCGCCCGCCACUGGUCAAUCGCUGCUGCUGCUGCUGCGCUUCUGUCUAGCUUUUGCAUUAUGCGUCGUAUUUGUGUGCGAGAGGCGGAGUUGGAUAAUGAAAAGUACGUAGCUUAUGUAUUUUGUAAACAGCCUGGGGUGCCUAUAUACUCGAUGCCUCGGUGCGCUGGCGCGUUGAGCGGGUAUAUGAUAAGUACCGAUAGGUAAAAAAUUACCAGCUGAAAAAGUAACGAAGAAUGUUUACUCGCCUCGUCCAGUACUUCAUCCAUCGUUCAUUUUCUGGUACUUAAUUUUAGCCAAGGUAUGGUUUGAAACCGAUUGCCUAUAAUAAAAGUUUUGUAAAACAAAAAAAAACAGAAAAUAUACUGAAUAAAUUAUCGAAAACGAA